CGCAGGAUAGCAUCAAAAAUGAAUAGAUUAGCAAUCAAAAUCAAGCGGGUUUGCCAAUUCAAAGUUGGUGAACGAAAACCGAGUUCAAAUAAUUCAAUGCGAUGAACAAUAUUGAAAUAUUUCUUGACAACUUUUUUCAUUAUACAGGGUGUCUGAAAAAUAUUGACAAAGCGCUCAUGUGCAGGUAGAGCGGAUUAAACUGAUUGCGAGUCGAAAAGUCUUGUACCAUUUUGCAAUUUUCGCAACAGUUAUUAAUUACUAAAGAUCGCCGAAUAAGCGCCCAGCCUACCGCCGAAUGCAAGCGCGCGAGAUACGAUAAAAAACGGGAGACAAUCAUAUCUCAGAACGGGUUUUGCAGCUUGUAGCAACUCCUCGCGCGCCUAACGAUCUUGAUGGGUGUCCAAAAUUUUUGGGACACCCUGUAUAGCGAAAUUUAUGCGAUGUUUAUAAAGAGAAUCUACGUCUGCGCCGCAUUACAGUCGCGCAUGUGCGUUCGAAGAGACCGGUAGUCCAGCGACUGCUGACCACGUCUCUCUUAGACGUGAUACGGUCGUUUAACGCGAGAAUAUUACGCAUAGCGGAAAGAUUAAUAUAUCGAUCGCCGCAAAAGUUUAGUGUGAGAAGUCUUGAAUUUAACGUGAUCCCUACAACUUUAACAAAUUGCGAUCAGUUGUGCAAUCGUGCGAAAGUUGUACACGACGAUUAUUCGAGCAUGUCGCUGUUCGCCUGUUGCGUUCGUCGGAGUAAUCGACGAGCGGAAGAAGUGCCGCAAAUGAAGGAGCCGCCGGAAAUAUCAUGGGAAAACUCAUUUGGCUCGCCUAGCGGCGUGCCCUUCGACGACGACACGAAGGAGCUGCUAAAAAAGUGUCUCGACGUCUCCGUGCCGCCGCCGACCAGCCUAUCCGAGCUAAUCAAGCGGAGCGAUGCGUUCCCCGUGACGUUCCCCAUUAACACUAUGAGAUGCUCCUCGCUGAGAAGCAGAGGAAUCAGCGCAGAGACCAUUGAGUUAAACGCAAAUUCGACAUAUCCGUUAAUACACGAGGCGAUGCUGCCCUUGAUUGGCCGAUGGCUGAAACACAAGCGAUUACACGGUAGCCUUGUUGAAAAAGCCAUGUACAAGGAUAUGAGCCUCAUCCAAUUUAUCCAGCGCCUGCUGGAGAAAAGGGCGGUCUACUUUUACGGUCAGAACGAUCGAUGGAAAUUAAUUGACAACAAGACUGGCGUUGACGGAUGGGAAAGCGUCGGUACCGAUCACGAGAAGGAGCCAUUGGUCCUAACGAAAUGCUUGAGCUACGACGAGAUCAAAUUAUCAGCGAUGAUGGCGGUCUCGUCUCACACGGAGUUCAUAAACGACGGCGCGCGAAGAAACAGAGGCAUUGUGAGCAGUGACCCAGACGCCGUCCAACCUCGAGGGGUUAUUAUGGGUGUCGUAGGCACAAGAUUCGCAAAGCCCCGAGUCAUGGAGUAUCAAGACAUUCUCAUCACGCCAAUGCAAAACACUAUCGAUAACGGGUACGGGCCCGCGAUGGAUGGUAUAUCCGAAGAAAAACGCGGGUUGCGCGAUUUGUGGGCGAAAUUUUACGGCGAGGAUUAUCAUCCGCUCUACGAGGAAGUCCUGAAGCGGAUUAAAUCUAAAGACAACAGACGUUACUUAUCGCUGGCUAGCCAAACAGUUUCGAUGUCAGUUUUUGACAUCGAAAAUUACAUGAAGAGGACUUUGCUCUCCGUAGAAAUAAUACUUCUCGAAGCGAACACUCGCGCGGAGAAGCAAAACACGACUGCUUUCUUGCACGUGGUCGGUUUUGGCCUCGGUGUCUGGAGAAUAACUCAGGAUCAAGAGAUCUAUUUCUUGAAAACGUUCGAGAUCGCCAUUAGGAAGAUGAACAAGAAGCUCAAGUACGUUUCCGACAUCAUGUUCGCUUAUUUCCAGCAACAGAAGUGCGGCGGCGCAGGAAAUGGCGAUUAUCUUGGCGAUAUAAAAAUUCAUUUCGCUGUGAGAGAGCCGCACAGCAGACUGUUCCGAGCUACCGAUGCGAACAAACUCCUCGUUGUAACUUAUGCCUGGGACGGAAACUCAUUGCCAGGCAACGAAUUCUGGAAUGGUUAUUUGGAAUCCAGCGGCGAUCCAGCGGCCGCUUGCAGCAGCCAAAUAACCGAGCUGCAUAAUUCUCGAAUCAAUCCACGCGCGUGCGGCUCCAGCCUGCAUGUCGCAUCCGCGGAGCAUGGAAUUCUGCACAUAUCCGAUUACGCGAAGCUUCACCUUACUUAGGUAACAUCCAAUAAGCACCUUCUUAUCGACGCCGGUCUUUUUUACUGUACGAAGUUCGAUUUUGUAAUAAUCGUAUAAGAAACCAUACAUCAGCGUGGAAUAUACCUUUAAUCGAGAAAUUGCGGAGAAGCUUCUUUUUUUUUUACCUUUGAAAUUUUUCCACAGAAGCAGUAGAAUUAUACAUGAUAUAUUGCAUGUAACGUGCUAGAAAAUGUUUUAUAUCGAAAAAAUUGAGCUCUUCCAUGAAAA